AUGAAGCUCGUUUCCGAGCCGCCAACCGCGCCUCCGACGCAGAGAACCGAGAGCGGUAGUCGUCGUGAUACCGACCUCAAUACGGGCAAUACACUUGUGAACAGAAAAUGGCGCACGGCAACGAGAGGCGAGAAGUUGAGGACUUGUGCGCAUCAUAGGCAGAUGUAUGAGAAGGAGAAGAUGCGUUGCGAGAGAGACAUCGGUAUGGGACUUCCCGUGAUGGAGGACGGUAGGGUCAGUGAUGUAAACAAGGAGAAAAUACGGAAGUACAUCGAUGUGAGGAAGAGAAGGGUCGGAUACCUUGAGCAACAUUUCGAAUUGCUUGAUGCGAUGGAGAAAUUGGUUCUGCAGGAAACGGAAGAAGGAUGGGACUGGGAGAAGGGCAUCGAGGAGUAG